UCAGUCGUCUGUUGUGGGGAGUAGUUGAACGUAACGGAUUUGUAAUUAAAAUCAUUAAAUACAUUUACACAAUGUUAACGGAAAUUGAGGAAUUGUAUAACUUCAUUUACCCGCUGGCCGUAAGAGCGGGUGAAAUUCUAUUAGAAGGUUACGAACGUACGGAAAAGAAUGUCGAUAUUAAGGGUGCAUUUUAUGAUGUGGUUACGGACUAUGACAGCAAGAUCGAGGAGUUUCUAAUGGGCAAAAUACUGGCCACGUAUCCACAGCACAAGUUCAUUGGCGAGGAGGAGACGGCCAAGAACAACAACAUGUCCAAGGAGCUAACAGAUGCCCCCACCUGGAUCAUAGAUCCCAUUGACGGCACCUCCAAUUUCAUUAAGCAAAUUCCACAUGUUUGCGUCUCAAUUGGACUCUCGAUUAAUAAGCAAAUUGUUCUGGGCAUUGUGAAUAAUCCUGCCCAGAAGAAGCUAUACACAGCCAAGUUGGGACAGGGCGCCUUUUGCAAUGGCAAACCGAUUCAUGUGAGCGAUUGUGAGCGUUUAAGGGAUGCCAAUGUGGCAUAUGAAGUCUCCUUGCUGCACGUCCAUAACGUGGCCAACAAGCAUAUUAAACGGAUCUACCAUGUGGGAUUACAUGCUAGGCGAUUGUUAGCCUAUUCCUGUGUUGUGGAUGAACUUUGCAUGGUGGCUGCUGGCAAUUUGGAUGCUUUCUAUAUUGAGGACAUGUAUCCAUGGGAUUGUGCCGCUGGCUCAUUGCUGGUGAAAGAGGCUGGAGGCGUUUUAACGCAUCCUUUUGGUGCACCUUUUGAUAUCAUGAAACCGGAUUUAAUUUGCGCCGGCACCGAAAAGUUGCGCAAGGAAAUCGAGGAUCUGCUACGCAAAGCGGAUCUAGAGAAAUCUGUGGGAGGCGCUGACGUUAAUUAAUUAAUGAAGUGUAUAAUAAUUGUCUCAAUGCAUUUUAAACUCCAAAGGUAUACAAAUUACUUAAUUAAAAACUUAAAAAGGCCAUAACUACCGUUAGAUUUUUACCAUCUUAAUGCGAUUAAGUGGAAUUAUUGAGAAUAAUAAAAACGAAUGCCUAACAUCAAAAACAAACUUUUUAACCUAAAAA